CUGCACGAUUAAUACUUAUAAGAUCGUUCUGCGCCUGUCUUCACCCUCCAAAACCCUCCCCCAGCCACAACCGCCUCCCCGUAGUUAUAUAGGCAAGCACCCACUAUAUCAUUACAAUCAUCUUAGAGGUAGCUCCUUGCGGUAUAUUGUCUAUUCAAUAUGAGGUUCAGUCAGUUGUCUUAUAUUGCCGCACUGGCUGGGAGCCAGCUCGUCGCCGGCGAUGGAGAGGCUCAUGGUGAGGGUCUCGAAGGCAGUGUCAUGGGCCCCGUUGCUUUCCUCUGGCCUGAUGACAGACCUUGGAGCGCUUCAGCCGACAACGUAGGGCCUUGCGGAAGCUCCAGCGGCGUAAUCAACAGAACUGCCUUCCCUCUCACUCAGGGGACUGUUGCCCUAUCAAUCGCCGACGAUGCCUGGAAUGUCAACUUCUCCAUCGCAUAUGACAAUACACCAACUAUCCAGAGCCAGUUCAGUCAGCAAGUCGUUAGCGACGUCACGGAGAUUGAGCCUGGUCACCAAUGCUACAAGAUUGCCGACGUCCCGAACACCGUAGCCGCGGGAACCAAUGCCACAAUCCAGCUGGAGUAUUGGUCGAACGUUGACAACGAGCUCAACGGCAGAAAUCAGACCUUCUACGCUUGCGCUGACAUUACCUUCGUCGAGCCUAAGGACAUGAAGAUCCAACCUCCUUGCUUCAACGUAACAGCAACAGACUUCGAAUCUGGCGACUCGUCAUCUACUUCUACCCCAGCACCAAGUGCCACAAAUGCUGCAUCUGACGCAAACGCGGCCCCUAGCUCGGGCUCCUCUGGCGAUGGUCUAUCCGGCGGUGCCAAGGCAGGCAUUGCCGUUGGCGUAAUCGUGGCUUCUCUUGCUAUUGUGGGCGUUAUUGCAUUUGUACUCCUCCGGAGACGUAAAACCCAGACGCUCGACAAUGAAGCGGUGGCUGCCGCUUCGAAGAACCAACCCGAGGUUGCUUCUGUAAACAGCCAAAGACGUUAAAUUGCUAUAGCUUCGAUGAAUCGAUACCAUAGUACUGGUGAGGUGGUUGUGUGUGAUAGGAGACGCAUUGGGAAUAGGGGU